AUGUCUAACACAGUCGCCACUCUUACAGCUGUGGCUGAGAAAUGGGAACCCCGUCAAGCUUCCGAAAAGAACAUCAGCAUCCUCUCAACACCAGACGAGCAGUAUCGGAGACAAGGGUGGGAACUGGUGCGACAGAUAGUUGAAACCAACCAGAUUGAUCAGUUUCAACGAUUGCCCAGCGACCUAAGACGUUACCUCGAGUACAAAGAGCAAAUUAUCGCGAACUAUGGAUCGAUAAUGCGGUUUGUGGUCAAGGAAAGACUUCGAUGGGGAGACGGCAUUGCAGAGGACCUGAAGCCCAAGGGACGGCCGUUCGAGUAUGCUGAGGAUAUUCGGAUACUACACAAUGACUGGCCCUAUGGCUUGGCCCAUGGCAUCGUUCACUUGGUCGUGUGGACGAAGUUCGCGCUAGAAGACGACCCGGCGACAGAUGACCUCACGCCCCUCGCGAGGAAGGAAAUCGAUGAUUAUGUGAAAAAGACGUUUUGUUCGCAGAUAUCACCGAGCCAGGUCGUGUGGUUCAAGAACUGGAGAUCGCUCAAAUCAGUACAUGCCGUCGAGCAUUUCCAUGUCAUGCUGCAGAACCCGAAUCCAAAGUUUGUCCAAGAGAUUACAGGAGGAGAUGUGCCCUGGACGUUGAAAGGGAUCUGA